AGCAGAGGAUCUAGGAAGCACAGGCAGGAUCAAGAUUAACUACUAAAGUCGUCUUAUUAAGAGCAUCUCUAUCGUCGACCAUCCGGCGAGAAUGGUUGUGUCAAAGUCGGGAGAUCUGACGGCGCUCUUCUUGUCACUGGACCGGGACGCGGACGGCCUGAUCUCUGCGGCGGAGCUGCUAGGAUGCAUGCGCGCAACGCUUGGCGAGGACGUGCCGGCGGAGGAGGCCGAGGAGCUGGUGGCGUCGGUGGACGCGGACGGUGACGGGCUGCUAAGCGAGUCCGAGUUCCUCGAGCUGGCGCAACAGGCGGCCUGGGGAGGCGAUGCGGGGGAGGAGGACGACGAGCACAGGAUCCGGGCGCUGAGGGAGGCGUUCGGGAUGUAUGAGAUGGAGGGGCAGGGGUGCAUCACGCCGGCCAGCCUGAGGCGGAUGCUCGGCAGGCUCGGCGCUGAGCGGGGCAGUGGCGAGUGUCGCGCCAUGAUCUGCCGGUUCGACCUCGACGGUGACGGUGUGCUUAGCUUCGACGAGUUCAAGAUCAUGAUGAGCUAGGGACUUCGCGUCUGGACCCAAGGAUAUACGCCUAGUUCCGUCUUGCAUAGAGAUCAAUUCGUUCAUUCAUUCAUUCAUUCCAUUGUUAUAUGGUAUUGUACUGGUACAAACUACAAAGUUGUAACGGUGUGCAUGUACAGUAAUUCAUCUAUGUGAAUACUUUUGGUCUUGA